UAUGGAUGUGAAGUCCUCGCUACUAGCGACCUUGCAAACAGAGUCAGGUGGAUAUGACAUUAAGCUUUGGUCAUCCCUUGACCUCCAACACUUGGAAUACACGUCAAACUCAGCCCCAACACUCUUUGCUAUGGUGGGUGACGGGGACAGCCACGUGGUUGAUGCGAGCGUCACUGCUACAGUCACGGACUCAGCCCAGAACACCGCCGUCCUGGUCAUGCGCGAUGAUGGCACAGGAGCCGAUGUCACGGGCAACGAUGGCGUGUACUCGGCCUACCUUAUAGGCCUAUCUCAGACUGGAAGUGCCAGCGUCCAGGUUGCAGCGAAUGACAACGGCGGUUCAGCCAAACUGGUGACGGCGACCAGACGUGCAGCUCCGGUAGAUAUCAAUGGUCAAUCCUGCUGUGGGAGCCAGAUCACCUUCCAGACUAACCUCCCUUCUGCCGGCACCUUCACCCUCACUUCGGAGAACGCAGGUGAAGUGACCGGAACGAUACCCCCAAACUUCCCUCCUGGCAGAGUCACGGAUCUCAGGUCAUCUCUUACCUUCAGUCAGGUCAUCUUAACCUUCACGGCUCCUGGGGAUGACCUCGAUCAAGGCACAGCUGCAAGAUACGAUGUAAACUUUAAGAGGGACGACAACACCAUCACAACCUACUCGUCCAACGAGACACAGGAGGCCGGAAUGCUUGUCACCAUCACCACGCAGUUGCCGGACUGUGAUGUCCUCUUCCACAUAACCGUAUCGGCCACAGACUCGCAGUCGGUGCAAGGCAAAGAGUCCAAUGAAGUGAGGGAGAUGGUGUCCUGCUCCGCCACAGAGACUCCGCCCAUAGACCCCCCAAAUCCCCCAACACCUCUGGGUACAGGAGCCAUCGUCGGCAUCGUCAUCGGCGUUAUUUUGUUCUUGGUGAUCCUCGCCAUUGGCAUAUACUUAUUUAUGAAUCGUGGCAACCUCGAUGACCUUUGGCUGUGGCAGAUGUUGACCUGUCGGUGCCUCAGAAAACCGAAAAAUGAAAAACUUUCCCAACCUCCGCCGCCGCGGUCGACCAUUAACGAAGUAGGCCUACCACCUUACAGUGGCGAACCUAGCCAUGACCCGCCGCACAUCUAUGAGAACGUCGCAUAUUACGGCUCGCAGGACGACCAGCAUCACGAACAGUUUUACAAUUAACCUUGCUUAGCUAAAUCAGAAAAACCUUAUGUUGAUCUUAGUGAGAAUUAUUAUUUAUUCGAGAAUAUUAGUAAAAUAUGAGCAAAAUUAGUCAUAAUUUUCUAAGUUCAUAUCCGUAUCAUCUUAACAGUCUUAUUAUCACAGUUAUUACUACUUUCCUGAUCUUUCAACGCAAUAUAGAAGUAAAAGCUUCCAUUAUUCUCAGAGUCCCUAAGGAUCUCAAAUUUGUUCUUAACCUUCACUUUGUUUUCAUUAACUCGUAUGAAUUCCGUAAUUCUUUAUUAGUGCACAGAAAUAAUUAGAAGCUUGUUUCAACAGGGCUGUUAGGUUCACUACCCAGAAUAUUUAUCAGCACUAAGAAUCAGUUAGUCACAUUUUAAUUACUAACUAGAUUUAAAUGAAUGUUAAAGUACCUUUACAAAGCUUUCAUAAUCUUAUAGUAUCAUUUUCUGUCUUUACACAACCAUUAUCUUAAGUUUCUUAGUGUUGGAUCAUUAAAAAAAGUAAUUAAUCAGUUGAAUAAUUCAUUCAAGGAUACAGUAAGAUUGUGGAAUUAUAUAAAACACUAAUACAUUUAUAUAGGUAUAUAUUUAAUAAAAACAUGCUCUCUGUCAAAAAAAAAAAGUUAAUAUUCAUAGGUGAAAUUACUCACUGGGUUAAACACAAAAUACAAAAUACAUGCCAUUAGGCGGAUGCCCCGAAAUAAGAAUGUAUAUGACAUGGAAAUUAUCACUGAGGGUAAACGAAACCCUUUAGUUCUGCCAGAAAAGUAAGCAAAACCAAUCUGGGCGUCAAU